AUGGCUGCUACAACUGCGCCCGUCAAGACUGCCGAGCCUCGUCGCCCUCGCAUCGCGGUCACUCUGGGCGACCCUUCUGGCAUUGGACCUGAACUUGCAGCAAAGCUGCUCAGCAACCCAUUGAACCGCGAGAGAGCCGAUAUUGUACUGCUGGCAGACGAAUCCGAGCUCCAGAGUGCCAUUCAGGAUGCAGGAGGUGUCCAUGUCGCUACCACAAAAGACUGUGCCGGACCCCAGGCUGUCCAGGUGCUUGACGAUCACACAUCAGCAGAGUAUCAGACGCGAAAAGGCGAAGUAUCCAGAGAUAGCGGUGCUCGAUGCAUCCACCAGCUAAAAAGAGCACUCAAGCUGGCACAGACCGGCCAUGUUGAUGGCAUCGUCUUUGCGCCACUCAACAAGAGCUCGCUGAAGCUUGCCGGUAUGAAAGAGGAGGACGAGCUGCGGUGGUUCGCCAAUGAGCUCGACUUCAAGGGCACAACCAGCGAGAUCAACAUUGCAGGGCCCCUCUGGACAGGCCGGGUGACGAGCCACAUCGGUGUGGAAGAAGUUGCCCAGCGUAUCACCAAGGAGUCAACUGUAAAAGCGAUCGAACUGCUCCAUCGUCUGCGGUGGGAAUCAGGCAUCGACGCACCGCGUCUCGGCGUCUGUGCCCUCAAUCCGCACAACGGCGAAAAUGGCGCCUUCGGUCGCCAGGAAAUAGAUGCCAUCCGGCCUGCCGUGGAAGCCAGCCGUGCCGACGGCAUCGACGUGCAGGGCCCAUUUCCAUGCGACACCAUCUUCCUCAAGCGGCAGCACUUCGACGGCAUCAUCACCAUGUACCAUGAUCAAGGCCAGAUCGCUAUGAAGCUACUUUCAUUUGACGGUGGCGUCACCGUCCAGGGCGGCUUGCCGCUGCCGAUUGCGACGCCGGCGCAUGGCACAGCAUUUGAUAUUGCAGGUAUGAAUCUCGCGGCCGUCACAAGCACCCAGAACGCAUUCGACCUCGCCGUGACCAUGGCGGAGCGGCGAAUCCUGAAAGAGAUCCAAGGAAAGACAUGCGAGGUGGGCAGAGCGGUGCCGCUGAAGCACGCACCGCAGGUGGACGUUGUAGAGCUGCAUGCGACGUGCUGCUAG